UGCCCGGUUUCGUCCCCGAAACGACGAAUUUUCGAGCGAAGGGAGUGAAUGGAGAUCGGCGAAGAAAGACGUUGAAACGAAUUGUCAUGCGUUUGGCUACGUUUCGAUAACGGUGUCUCUCAAUUCGUUGAACCACCUACGACCGUGGCGAUCCACUGACACACUUGUGCCAUUGGCCCGCAUAGUGUUCAUAUAUCUAUGAAAAUCGGUCACAUUCCGACGCGUUCCAACUCGCGGAAAGGGAAAUUCGCUGAAAAGAUCGACAAUGGCAGACUGAAGUUUAGCCCCUAGCGCAAGAGAAACAACAAUUCGUCUACACAUCUACGUGUGAACUUCAGCAACGCUCGAAUUAUCCUCGACAUUAGGUGUUCCUAGGCAACGAAUAUAAACGAACCUUCCACUUCAAUUCCAUUCUCUGAUCUUUGCGUGAUCUUGUUGGUGGUGAAGUCAUGUCGUUUGCUACUGUUCAAACAUCGUGGGCGAAGUUUGGAAAUUCUCGUGAUUUCGCGCUCGUUGGAAGGGACGUAAUCGCGAUGGCUUCCGGCAUUUACGUUCGUUUUUAUGAUUCUGCGAGUGGAGAGACGCAAGUGGAACGAUUCGACGGUGGUGAGAGAGGAGAUGGCGCUUGUUGUCUCGCCGGACUUUCUAUUGCGCCGAUCUUCUCCGUGAUCGAGAGGAAAGCCAAUCCCAGGAUCUCGGUGUUUGCUUAUCCUACAAUACGAAGAGUCAGUCUAUGUGCCGGAAGUCGAGAAUCGAAUGGCUACGUGUGUUGCGCGUUCGCUGGCACCGAGUACCUGCUCGGUCAGGCAACUUUCCCAGAUUUUUCCUUGAUAGUAUGGCAAUGGAGAACUGGCGAACGAUUGACGAAAAUGAAGGAGACGGACACGACGACGUUCGACGUCGAUCGUACGAGACUCACAUGCUCGACCGACUCGUCCUACAUGGUAGCACGAUUCAUGCCAUCCACUGGUAGACUCUCAGUGUAUCGCGUGUUAACCUGCUCGAAAACCGUUCGACUUUUCCCAGUCAAAACAAGCAUCGAGUUUACUGCAGUCUCCUGUUCGUGGUCCACGGAUGGUGCUCUCCUUUGUUGCGACGAAACCGGCACUGUUCGGUCCGUUCGUUUUGAAGACGAGCAAUUGAAUAAUCGGAUACGAACGAUUCUUGGAUCUCCUGGCAGGAAUUCUGACGAUUCUUCUGAAGUGGUUCGUUCGCGAAAUAAUCCCGUGUUGGUGGGCCACGCUGAUGGAACGUUGGUCGUCGAUCGUGCGAUCACAGGCAGUUGCGACAUUCGAGCAACGUUUUACAGGAAACCUUGGAAAGAUCAGGAGGACGAGUGGCGUUCAGCUUGGAGCAUGUUACUACCAUCAUAUCCGAGAUACGCAGAAAGCAAUUCCAGCCAAGACAGAAUCUUGAUUCUCGGAGAGAACGGUGAUCUUUUCCAAAUGAUCGAUGUGUCGCGCGAUCGUCCGCCCCGCCUCGAGUUUCUACUGCGUGGCGACGCGAAUUACGCGAACAUCGCUCCGUUACACGGAUCAUAUCUGGCAGCUGUAGAUCGGACCGAUCGUCUGACAAUUGUGGACGCUGCAACCGGUAAAUUUGUCUCUCCGGCGAUACAUUUGACGCAUCAUGGCAAAGUUGCCGAUCUCGCCUCGCAUCCCGUGUUACCGAUUCUGGCAAGCUGCAGCAUCGCGGGGAAUUGUCUGUUCGUCAAAUUGUCCCCUACCUCACCACCUCGUCCGAGAAUAACACGUUGCAUUCACCUUCAACGAGAAGCUCUGGAUCGAGUCAAAUUUUCCAACAUGGGUAACCUAUUGGGUGCCGCCUCGUCUCAAAUCGGUCGACUGUUUCUUUUGUCGGUGAGCAUCGCCGAGCCUAAAGAACGAGAUGAUCACGCGAGGUUAUACAAAAUGACAAGUGAGAGAGUUGCGGCCUGGCUGAAUUUUGAACGGAAGAUGAUCGAUUUUUUGAUCUACGAAGUGGACCGAGAUCGAGCUAAGGUGCUGCUUCUUAUUGAAAAUGCCGACUCGAACGACUCUCCAGCUGGAAACGAGAUCGUCGUGUACUCGUGUCGAUUGUUUCACCGAGAUAACUGCGCGAACGACGCAGAUUGCUCGAUAAAGCUUUUGUCUUCCUUCGAGCGUCUUCACCACGGAAGGGAAUCGAGCUACGAUAUAAUUGGCGUUCCGUAUCUCACGAAGCAGCUGCAUCGAAUAGAGUUGAAAGAAGAUUUCCAAGACGCUCUACUCUCCGAUGUUCUGCCGUCUCUACACCAAACCAGGUGUGUCUCCAUCACCGUGCAUCACAAAAAAUCAUCAUCGCCGAGCCUGAUCACCUGCGGAUUCGACGGACUAAUCGUCUGGAGAGAUUGCGCUCAACUGCAACGAGUAUUCGCUCUGUUCGUCGCGCAUCAUCGCGCAGAAGCUGGCGGUCGAUGUGCAAUCCUUGUCAACGACACGAUCGUUUCCCUGGGUAGAAACGGCGAUUUGGUCGCCAAUAGGCUGCCAUACGCACGGUUAGCGAGUUUGCUCUCUUCCUCUCGUUUCUUCUGCUCGUCGUUGAUUAAUUUUUACUUGUCUACUAGUACGGUCAGAUCGGAACAGGAAAAUCGAGGUUCGAGGUCGACCGGGUUCUUUCGUUGGAUCACGCUCAGCCGUUUGGAAACGAGAAAACGAUCGGAGGAGAACGAGGAGAACGAGAAAGAGAAGGAGAACGAAGAGACGGAGACUUGGAUGGACGCGAUGCUUCGCCAGCGGUUGAUGGCCGAGGAGAAACAAGCUCUGGAAACGCGUCACUCUCUUCUUAACGACUGGAACGAGUUGAAAUGUAAGGUAAAGACAUUGUUGGAUGCAAACGAGACAGCGCCGCCAAACGCCCGACUUCCGAUUUCUGCGUUCGAUCUCGACCAGCGAGGCAGAGAGUUCGCAUUGGCAGCGGCCAGGUCGAAGGAGAACCAAUUGACGAAGAACGCCGAGGAACGAAUCGCGAGUUUAAAUUGUUCGAAGCAUUAUUUGCGCGAACGAUUUCUAGAUCCUCUGGUCGUCCGACCGAGAAGCAUCUGUUCCUUGUUCGGUCGAUCGAAGGUCACCAAUUAUCCUCUCGUUGAAUUGACACCUGGAGAGACGCAUCUUCCGUCGUGGUGUCGAUUCUCGAUGAAAAUGAGAGAACUGGUAUCCAGAUUGGAAGACGAGAACGAAGAAAAAUCGCAAACGAUCGACGUGAAGAAUCCAUGGCCCAGUUGCCAUGGUUUUGUAGACGUUCUCGAAAUGUGCGUUAACGCGGAUCACCAAGAGCGCCAGUUGAAGAUCAAAUUCAAUGAACUGUUCGAGAAGACGCGAUCAACGAAGGAGAAGGAGAUGAGGGCAGCGAAUGAACGCGCCAAAGAAAUGCGACGUCUUGUUCUCGAAUUGAAGCGCUUGUUUCACGUGGACGCGAGUUCCAGACUCUUCGAACCUCCGAAUUGGCAUCAGACAGAGAUAAUCGAGGAUGAGCUUGAACGAAUCGUGAACUCGCUUGGUGAUACACGGUCAGAAGAACUCGCGAAAACCAACGACUGCGAGGAGAAUUUAAUGGAUGACGACAUAGAGAUAGAAACGAGUGAUAACGAUUUUCGUCGAGAAAUGCUCGAAAGGAUGAUGGACGGUGUACUGGAAGUUAGAUUGGAGCAUAGCGCGAAGAUGAACAUUCCAAAACCCGACUGUCUCUCCCGGAAAGAUCCGGCCAGCUACACUGACGAAGAUAUUCGAGCGAUCGAGUCGUACGAGAAGAAGAUUCGCGCUCAAGAAGCCGAUCGGCAGAAAUACAAGUCGAUGCUGGAGGCUGAGAUCGAAAGGAUCAGUGGAGAAUUCUCGAGCAGCGUGAAAGACUUCGACGACCAGUUGAACGAAUUGUCCGGGGAAAAGAUAAAUGUCGAGCGAUCGAUACUUUCACAGAGAUUGUCCAAGGUACAGGCGAUCCUGCAGCAUCGAAAAAUCGUUCGAAAGCGGCGGGAGAUACGACGCGUUAUCGAGUCGGUGCUUGUGCCCGCGACGAAGGAGGCGCGCAACCUCGCCGAGGAACGCGACUCGUUCGAGAUGGGUGUCGCGGAAUUGAGGGUCAGCUACGAGAACGCGUGUAAACGAGACAAGCAGCUCGAGAUGAAAUUUCGGACGGAGUUCACCGAGGUGAAGCCAUCGAUCUUGGAGAAAUUGUUACGACAUUAUCGUAAAAGACCGAAGUUAUUGACUGCGCACGGUUCCGUCGCGUUACUCGCCGAACUCGCUGCUUGUGUCGUUGAACAACGUCACUCUGACAUUUUGCCUAGAGAGUGUUCCAACUAUUUGCGAACACUGGACGAGUUGGAUGUGAUGCCGGAAGCGUUGACGAGUCGAUUAGAACGGAAUUAUUGGCGUCUUCUCUGUAAUCUUAGGAGGCUCAAGGUGGAAGCGGAAAUAAAGGUCAAAAGCUGCGCGAUCGAGCUCGCGGAAGCGGAACAGAGUCUGGCGUUCCUGCGAAACGCGUGCUCCAUUGGCCGUGAGAAGGUCGAUCGAUGCAAGCAGACCAUUGAACGUUUGGAAAAAUCCUUCGCGAAUCUGACGCAGGAUCGCGAGGUCGCGUUGCUUCUGAAAAUGAAUCAAAUCUGCGUGCAAGCCAAAGGUGAUCCGCGCACCGAUUGGAAGGAUGCGGUUCUGACACCGCAGGAAGAACUGCAGCGAGCAAAUCAGGCGAUCACGAAGGCUGAACGACAAAGAUCGCUCGCUCUACGACGAGUGAUCGAUAUAAAGGAAAUCGUGUCGUUCGAGGAGUGGCGUCACGCCCGCGAGAAGAAGAGAAUGGAAAAUUUGCAGGAGUACGCGAGAGAUCUUGAUUUGAUCAAGGUGAGCAGAAUCGUGCGUGAAUGUUGCCAGCGUUCGACUCGUGAAGCAUCGUCGAAAGAAGAGGAAGACAUCAGUAUCCAGAACAUACUGCAAGUUCAACGUACGUGGUGUCUCGACGUUAUGAAACGAAAGAGGAGCGAUUUGAAACGGAUCGAGAAAGAAAUUCGAACCUGGCGACGAAGAAACGUCGAGUCGACAGACAGGACCGAUCGAUCGUUAAUCGAGAGGGAGAAUUUAAUUAUCGCGUCGCGAGAUCCCUUACGUUUGCGAGUCGCAGCUUUUCGAAGGUGCAGACUGCGAGCGAUAAGGCGAAAGGCGCGUUUGGCGCGAGAGAUUCGAGACAAUUCCGAACAAUUGUCUAUUCUCGAGACUCGUUUGGAGAUUUCCAAGUUGCGAACUUAUCCGACAUUGAAAUUCAAAUUUUAAUUACACUGUCGCCUUCCGUCAUGACGUUCUAUUUAACAUUUUGAAAUCGAAGAAUGCUGAAGUUCCAUUAUUUCUAUCAUCUUUGUUUCUCUUCGUUCAACUGAAAACAUUCAGUUGUUAUUUUAUAACAAUCUGUAUAAUUAUUGUGUACGUGUAAUAUGUGAUUGCGACACUACGAACAUUUUUCUCGUAACUUUUUGAAGAAAGUGACAGAGGAAACAAUUUUAAUGUCUUUUUUUUUUCUUUAAAUCAAUACGAUGGUCUCGUUACUCUAAUUUUUUAUAUUUGUAACGUCGUGGCCUUCAAUUGAUAUAUUUUUUUGAUCCGUCGAUCAUGGACAUGACGUGACAAUCACUUUCAUUUUUUGAACAGCGUAAAAAAUUGAAGUACCCCGUCAUAAAAGAAAAAAUUAAAAGUUUUUCCUCUUCCAAUUUUUUCACAAUUUACUAUUAAAAAAAAAAAUUAUGAUUCGCAAUAACCGUGAACACGCUAUAUAUUAAUGUACUAAUUCAGACAAGACAGUGACAAAUUAGCUGUCACGGCAACAUACCUAAAAAUAAGUAAUCUAAACUUAGAGCUGGAAUUGUAAACUAGCAGAGUUAUCUGAGAAACACUUAGAUAAAUAAAUCAAAUUAUCAUAAUUGAAUAAAUUAGAUCAAUAAAUAUAUCAAACUGUUUUCAAAUUUCUACAAAACACGAAACUUCAACUAUUACACUUUUUUCAUCAGAUAGUAAAGAGUGUUAC